AGCCACCUCCGACGGUUCGACCUCACGCGGACGCGAUUCUCGAGGAAGACACUCCGUCUCUUCAUUUCCUACUGUCCCAGAUUAUUUAAUCGGGGACGCUAUGACAGAUGAAGAAUUCAACCAGAUUUAUUCUGGUAGAGGAGACGCGAAUCUCCCCACUCUUGAUAGUCUAUUCGAGGAUGUUGAUGAAGCAGGACUGGAUAAUCUUGACGGGGACGAUGAGCCUACACCGCAAAGCAACGACGUCGACGUGGAGGCAGGUGAGCCCGAGACCUCUCGAGGUCCGGACAAAGGGACUACAAGCUAUGGGCGGAGUUUUGACAAAUAUUAAAGAAGGAAUUAAAAAAAUUUGGGGGGCUCGUCUUAUUUCGAGAUCCUGGAAGAUGUUUUGUAAGUCUAAAAGUAAAAAAGAAAUAAGUUUUGCCAGAGAUAUCAACAUUAGAUGGAAUAGUACUUACAAAUUGAUUGCACAGAUCCUAAGAUAUAAAGAGGAACUUGCUGAAUUUUUUAGGGAUGAACUUCGUAUAAUCAUUAAUCCUUUUGAAUUUGUUAUUGUUGAAAAAUUGAAUGCCGUAUUAGAAGUUUUUAAUAACGCAACUCUUACUUUUUCCCAUGUUUACCAACCAACUACAAAUACAUUUUUUAAAGAGUGCAUUACAAUCGCAACAUGUUUUCGUGAAAGUAUGGCUGAUCCAGAUUUGUACCCUUAUGUCUCUCCUAUGAGAGAUAAAUGGUGUACUUAUUAUUUGUACAUUCCUGAUAUUUAUAAAAUAGGUAUUAUUUG